GCUGACUGGUCAGGAUCUAAUUGCUCUCAAGUGAGGUCAGCGGGAGGCAUUUAUCUCAGCGACAACGGGGGAUGCGCACACAGUCUCUCUGCCAGAAGCAGGCAAGCAAGCGCUCAGUUCUUUGUUGGACUUGCUGAAGACAUUACAACCCAAAUUGGUGCCGAAACGGAAUACAACUCUGGCAAGUCCUGAUAUCACAGGAUUCCAUAACAUUUCUUGACAUGGGGAUGGAAUAAACAACAUGUAGUUUGACUGAAGACUGAAGCAAAAAAAAUACAACAUCCUUAACUUUCAGGAGAGUCACUUCAACAAGAAGCCUGACUGAAUGCAAGGACUUCCCACUGCAAGAACACGGACCACGAGGUCAUCAGUGGAAGUGGCAGAGUUCAGGGGGGUUAACUUGGGCUGAGGGAACGCGUGGCAGAUCUCCCAUAUCAGUAUGUUUCUCAUUGAUCCCCCCUUCAUUGUAUUAUAAUGCGCAAAUGGAUGCUGACAUGGAACCUUCCAAAUCUGUUCUCGGGACUCUACCUGCACGCAAUCUUCCUGCUGGGCAGCGUGUGUGUGGUCUACAGUGACUGCACUCCGGCUCAACUCGCUGCCAUCAUGAACUGCUCAAGACACGAGCGUCACACAAGGAAUUACGACUACAUGGAGGGAGGAGAUGUGCGGAUCCGACAGCUGUUCAGUCGCACCCAGUGGUUCCUGACCAUUGAUGAAGAAGGCAACAUCAACGGCACUCAGGAUCCAACUAACUGUUACAGCAUCCUAGAAAUCAGGACCGUGUCUGAGGGGGGCAUACUGGCCAUCAAAGGCAUCAAGAGCCAGCAUUACAUCUCCAUGAACAAAGGUGGACAGCUGCAAGGAAAGAGGACCUACAACGAAAACUGCAACUUCAAAGAGGUUUUCCUAGAAAACUACUUCAAUGCUUACUCCUCAACAAAAUGGACUAAAAAUGGCAGAGAAAUGUUCAUAGCGCUGUCUCAGAAAGGACGGCCCUUGCGAGGGAAAAGGACGAGGCGGGAGCAUGUCGCCUCGCACUUCAUCCCCAUGAAAUGCAGGGAGGAGGAGAGGAGAACGGACUGAGACAAAAAGACUCAACAAGUAUGAAUUCACUUACUAUAUACUGUAUGUUAACGGCCAUGUAAACUCAUCACCAGCUCCGCACCACUCUUCUCAAAGCUGCCAUUGGCAUUUAGCAGCUUAGACUUUGCAGUUUAAAUAGGCAUGUCGUAAGAGCAGCCUGCAAGGAAGUUUUUCUGUGUCCAACUAGUGUGCCAGUUUGAGAAGCUUUCCUGUGUCCAACUAGUGUGCCAGUUUGAGAAGCUUUCCUGUUGGAUGGUAAAAUUUCAACCACACACGGAUGUUCAUGACAAACUAGGCAGCAAAAAGCCUGUAGCCAGCACUUUUGAUGAAAAUCAGGAGGACUGAUGCCCAGUUUGAGGCUGUUGAACCUCCAUUCUUUGCUUGACUAACCGAAGUUUCGAGGUUAUUAAAAUUCAGUUCAGCCCUUUACAUUGACUUUCCAAAGGGUUUGCACAAAUGCCUCAGCUAAUUGUUUUAAUUUUUUUGUCAUUGGAGUCUAUUGUGUAAUUUGUCCAGAGCAAAUGCUGUUUCAAGAAACUUGCCAUGGCGACUCUAAAUAGUACUAUACAGAUAGUCCCUGGGUUACGACGUAACCGACUUACGCGAUUUCGACUUUACGACGCCUGAGUCUUAUCGGCCAUGCUGUCUCCAGUCCUUUUUUUCUUUUUUUAAGUCCUGUAACAGUACCUAGUUCUUGCCAUGUCAGGAUCCCCUAAUCCCCCAGUAGCGUCGCCGCCGUCCUUCAGUUCCUAACGGCGUCAGCUCCCACUUCCUUGUUCUCAUGAUGCUGUUGCUGUUGUUAAUAUUGAGCAACGAGAGAUGAGGGCAUCCAGCCUGGGGCAGUGGGCUGGUUGACAUCCAGCAGGUCAGGCGUGGACGUCCACCUCUCCCAGUGGGGGUCUUGCAUCAUAGUGCCCGGUGGACGGGGUUCCGCUGCUGCUGCUGCUUCCAUCAUCUUGCGAGUCUCGAUCUGUUUUUUUUUUUUGAGAUCGGAUGGCAAGAGAGAGGACGCUGGCGACCUGAACGGCAAUGAUAUGCCCCUUCUCUCACCUCCCUACUCUUUCCACAGCACCCUUUUCUCUCGGCAAGGCAGCUUACUCGCGAGUAAAGCUUACAAGUUUUUUAUUUUGUUUUUUUUUCUAAGCCUGUAUAGUCAUUGAACAUAUCGGCAUUUAACACAAGGUACCUCACAAUAUCUUAUUUUUUACUUUAUCUAAUUAAUAUGACAUAUAUUACAUGAUUUUGGACAGUUAUUUUGAAGAUUAGGGGUUAUCAUGGGGUACUUAAAGGGUUAAUUCCAAUUUACGCAGAAAUUCGGGUUUCAUUGCCAGCCUAGGAACGGAACUCGUUUGCUACCUGGGGACUACCUGUGCAUUGGUACAGUGUGCAGCUUCUCAAACUGGCACUAAAUGCAGUCAAUGGCAGAAAAAUGUUCUGCAAGGCAACAAAUUUGAACCUUUUUUUUUUGGGUUAGGGAAUGAAAUACUUUCUUUUCCGGACUAUAAAGUUGCACUUUUUUAAUUUUAAAAUGAUCAUUUUACAAGUUUAACCAUUAUUUCACGGACCAAGGAGUAUACAUUACUCAAAACCAGCAAUGAGAGUGCACUCUUGGUUAGUGAUUAAGAAGCACUAAGAAGUAGUGGUUUUGAAUAGAGUAUGCUUAUAUAUAGUAUAUUAAGUUAAUGCAGUAUAAUAACGAUUACAAAGGAUGAACAAUUUGGAACUGUUGGGUUUAAUUUACUAAGCUCUGCAUGCGUUUUCAUUUUUAUUGAUUGUUUUUAACGCUCCUACUACAGUAGCGUGCAUUUCUCAUGCAUUAUUUCCCUAAUUUAUUUCUAAUCAGACCAGUGUCAAAUAAGUCUGUGAAUGUUGGGGUUUAUUUCGAAAGAAAGGAAAAAGGAGGGUGUUUUUGUAUCUGUCAUAUUUGUUUUUUGACAACUCUUCAGAGGGAGUUUGUAUAGCGAAACAAAGGAGCGACAGAAAUCUGGACAGUUAUAUUUGCUCUGGAAUAGAAUAUCUGAAGCCGGGAGCUUCUGUAGAGUAGGAGAAUCCAAUACAGCUAAAUUUGGCUAAAGGUAAUAAUAUACUAUCCAAAGCAGUGAGUAAAAUUCUGUGCAUGCUACGAAAGUUGAAGAAAGCUAACCAAGUUGGCGUUGUUGAGCUGUAACAUUGCAGCUUUAAGAGAAAGGAAGCAUACAUUUGCACUGGCACUGCUUAUGAGUGACUGGUUUCGAUGCCAUUUGUGCAGCUAUUCAAUUCUUUUGAACUGCUCUUUUGUUCCUGAAGUAAUACUAGUGACUGUGUUUAGCUACUUGGCAAAGACAAAUGGUGGACAAAACCAUAUUUACACAAAAAUGUGACAGAGUUUUUGACUGGUGUGACUUAUAUUCCGGAAAAUACAGUACUUGCAAAAACUGCAAAGCCAAAUCUGUAAAUGCUGAAGGCCUCACGUCUAGGAAGCUGAUACAUGCAAUGAAAUAGAAAGAAAAGGAGAUAUAUAAUGACUUUUGGGACAUCCUGUAUGCGCAACUAUGAUACUCAAUAUGGACAAAGGUCUUAAGACACACAACUUAACACAAUGACGACCAAUGACAGCGGAAGACAUUCAAUCCAUUUUAACUGGGUGGAUCAUUGCCAACCCUGCCUGUUAAAAUGGAUUGGACAUCAAGCGCCGUCAAUGGCAGAGAAUGAGUUAAUGAAUCAAUUAAUCAGAAUUCGGACUGAACCCAGAGUUCUAAAUCUGAGAUUUUGAAAAAUUCUAUAUAUAAAUGUUUCGGAAAGGCAUUUUUUGAUCCAAUAUUUAGGAUUUUUAAUGUAUGUGUGUCAGGAAGCACAAUAGACCAAACAUUAUAACAUCUUGUCUACAGAUAACAAUUUACACAACAGCACAAUAAAGUACCAACAUUAACUUGUUCACAAGUUUAUGAACUACAAUUCAAUGUUAUUUUAUUAUUAAAUAUUAUAUUUCUUUAUGAAAGAUUCCCAUGUGUUUUCUUGUUUUCAACACAUAUUUGAACAUGAGCUGAGCACAAGUAAUAAAAAGUAUUAUUUGGUAGUUAAUGUGAUACACAUA